AUGCAAUCCUUUCUACAACGCCGGCGCGCGGGCAUUGAAGCCCAAGCGCAAAUCGACAGAGACAUUGGAAAAGCGCGACAUUCAAAAGCACCAAAUCGGCCGCACGACGACGGAGGCAGGGAUCUCGAGAAGCAAUCUUCCACCUUACAGGAGGAAGAGAAGCGAGAAAGUUCACUCUUUGAAACACCAGGCGGCACCACCAGUGACCCCGAAAGUAGCGAGCGCUGGAAUAUUGAGGGGGGCGGGGACGACUUCGGGACAACCGUCGAACGGAGCCAGACGGCGCGGACCGGACACUCUGAGGGCACGGCCCUCGGCCGAGUCUUGACUGGCAUCCACGUCCGGGACCGGACCGGCGAUGAGGGGCACGGGGGCCGCGUCUUCGUCGUCGGCUGGGCGGGGCCAGCCGACCCCUUGGACCCGCACAACUGGCCCAUCGCGAAGCGCAUCGGCGUGACGCUGCAGAUCUCCCUGAUUGCCCUCUUUGUCGGGUCCGCGUCGGGUAUCGAUGCGACGGUGCUCCCUCAGGCCGCGAGAGCCCUUGGCGUCAGCAAAGUUGCCGAAUCGCUGGCCACAGGACUCUAUCUAGUGGGCAUGGGUCUCGGAUCCCUCAUCGCAGGCCCCUUUUCCGAAACCUUUGGCCGCAACGCCGUGUACGCAGCCUCCAUGGCCGUCUUCAUGAUCUGGAUCAUGGCGUCCGGCCUGGCGCCCCACUUUGGCGCCCAAAUCACCUUCCGGUUCUUGGCCGGCUGCUCCGCCUCGACGCCCUUGGUCUGCUCCGGCGGCUCGAUCGCUGACAUGUACAACCGCCUUGAGAAGACCUGGAGCUUCCCCCUGUACGCUAUCACCUGCUUUGGCGGCCCCAUGAUUGGUGCCGUCAUCGGCGCCUACAUCGGCCCUUCCAACGCCGUGAGCUGGCGCUGGGUCGAGUGGACGACGCUCAUCUCCUCCGGUCUCGUGCUGGUCCUCGUCCUACUGUGCAUGCCCGAGACGUACGGCCCGCUGCUGCUGCAGUGGAAGGCUGCGCACUACCGGCGCAUCACGGGCGACGACCGCUUCCGCUCCGAGCACGAGAUUGUUCACGCCACGCUGUUUAGUCGUCUCAAGACGAGCAUGACGAGACCUUUCCUCAUGCUGAAGGAGCCCAUCAUCAUCGUCAUGACGUUGUACAUCUCCGUCGUUUAUAUCGUCCUUUUCAUCUUCCUCGUCGGAUGGCCUUACAUCUUUGAGUACACCUACGGCCUCAACCAGGGCCUCGCCAACGUCAUCUUCAUCUCCAUGUUUGUCGGCACACAGGUCAACUUUCUCUUUGUGCCGUUCAUCUACUCAAAGACGGCGAAACGAGUCAAAAAGGAUGGAAAUGCAAGCUUCCAGCCGGAGAUCCGUCUGUGGUACGCCACGUCCGGCGCCGCCAUCUCCGUUCCCAUCUCGCUCUUCUGGCUGGGCUGGACGAAUUACGCCAGCAUCAGCGUCUGGUCUGCCAUCUUUGCAGUCGCCGUCUUUGGGUACGGCGUCACCGGCAUCUUCAUGUGCGUUUACAUGUACAUUAUCGACUCGUACGAGAUAUACUCGGCAUCGGCGCUUACCUUCGUCGCGCUCAUUAGAUAUAUGGUCGCGGGAGGCCUAACCGUGGUUGGGUUACCCUUUUUUGAAAAGAUGGGAACGCACUACACUUUAACUAUCCUCGCCUGCAUAUCAGCUGUGCUUGCGCCUAUCCCCUACGUUCUGUAUUACUAUGGCCACUGGCUCCGAGCCAAAAGCCGCUAUGCGGUAUCAAUGUAA